AUGCAGCAACUAAUCUGGAAAUCCGUUCCUGUACCAGCAAAAGAAGUCUCUUUGGCUAAAGUGCUUCGAUGUGGCCAGGCAUUUCGGUGGAAAAAUAUCGACAACGUGUGGUCAUGUACUCUCAAAGGACGAGUGGUAUUUUUGAAACAGGAUGAUUCAAACCUAUACUACAGUUCCCUUGCCUCGAUCACAGAUCAACAACAACAACAACAACAACAACAACAACACGAUGAUACCCUCGCGGUGAUCAAGGAUUAUUUGAACUUGGAGAUCAAUCUUGAGAAAUUAUAUGAAUUAUGGUCUUCGAAAGACCCCAACUUCCAGAAGAAAUCUGGAGCGUUUUCUGGAAUAAGGAUCCUUCGACAAGAUCCCUGGGAAAACUUGGUGUCGUUCAUUUGUUCGACUAACAAUAACGUGAAGCGGAUUUCCCAAAUGUGCGACAAUUUGUGUAUUAAUUUCGGCACCUAUAUCACCACCCACAACGAUAUCAAAUAUUACGAGUUCCCUACUCCACAGUCCUUGGCCCAUGAGUCAGUUGAGCAAAAACUUCGCGACUUGAGUUUUGGUUACCGUGCCAAAUACAUUUACAAGACCGCGUGUCAGAUUACAAAUUCUCCCAAUGGUCUUGCUGAUCUAGUGGGGUUAAGAUCUUUGGAUUACAAAACUUGUCAUACAGAAUUAUUGAAAUUUACUGGAGUAGGGCCAAAAGUCGCGGAUUGUGUAAGUUUGAUGAGCAUGGAUAAACACGAUGUUGUCCCCAUCGAUACCCAUGUUUGGACGAUUGCCCAACGUGAUUACAAGUUCAAGACAGGAUCUAAGACAUUAAAUAGCAAAGUUUAUGUACAAACCGGGGAUUUCUUCAGGGAAUUAUGGGGCGAGUAUGCUGGAUGGGCGCACUCGGUGUUGUUUGCUGCGGAUUUGGGAGAUUUGAAUAAUGGGGUCAAUGUGCAAGAUGGUAAAGCUAUCAAGAAUGGGGGGAAUAUUAAGAAAGAAAAAGUGAAAAAGGAAAACGAUACCAACAGUGACAAAGAGAAUUUGGGAAUCAUGCAACAGCAGCAAGAAGAGGUAAUUAUCUACAGCUCCUCUGGAAGACCAUUAAGAGGUAAAAGAAAAUUACAAAUGAUUAAUCAAGGAGUGAUUAAAAAAGUUAAAAAAGAAUGA